CUGUUAUCCGUAGCUAAGAGAAACCGGAAGUAGAACUCUACAGCAACGGUGAGCUGCCUGCUGUCCUGCACUAUUUAAUAUCACUUCAUUUCACCUUUCUGCCUUGUAAAUAUAUUUAUAUCUGUGUGUGUAUAUGAAUAUAUAUAUAUUAUAUAUACACAUACAUAUGCACUGAUAUCCUCCGUGAUAUUGCCUGGAAGAAAACGUCGCAGAACUUCCUAUAUAUAUAGAUCUAUACACAUAUAUAUAUAUAUAUAUAUACCAUGACUCGUCAGACGAGAUAUCAUUCUCUAUUAAUGUCUGUAUGAAUAUAUAUAUAAGGCUUACACGAACUGGUCGCGAACAGUUAUACAUUGUUAAGCAACAAGGAAGGCCCGCUGACGCUGUUCUUUCCUUCCUGGAAGGAAAAUCUGAAAUUUUUCAUUUAUAAAUAUUCACACACAGACACACACAAACACACAGACAAAUCUCUCUCUCUCUCUCUUAUAAUUCCUUGUAGACGUCGUAGAAGUAAAUUCCGACCUCGCUUCUCUGCCUUCUUCUCUCACAGACGUGGACAACACUUGGGGUUUUUUUAAGCUUUAACAAUACAUCAGACGUCUGUUGCUGGUCUGAUUCUUAUUCAAAAGGGAAACACUAAUUAAAAAAAAGACUAUUUUAUAAAUAAACUAGAAGAAACAUGUUCAAAAUGACAGCCAUCACCAGGAACUUGUACUCGACGUUUGUUACUGGGAGAUAUGUUGGGAUUAUUUUCGUUUUGCUUUUAGCCACGUCGUUUAUCGCUGGAGUAAAUGGAAUCGGCACAAACGGAACAACAACAACAACUACUCCACCACCAGCACCAACCACAACAUCGGUGACAACACCAUCGACAGAAGUAAUUACAAAUGGAAGUACAACUAUAACUACAACAAAUCCAGUUACUACCACUCAGUCUGAUAUUACUACCGCUUCACCUCCAUCCACGACAUCUAACUCCUCAGCUAACGUCUCAUCCACGGCAGCACCUCUCACCUCAACCACACAUCCCACUUCCCCUGCUUCAUCGACCAAACAACACUUUGAUGCAGCCUCUUUCAUUGGUGGUAUUAUUCUGUGUGCUGGAGUGAUUGCCAUAGUAUUUUUUGGUUGUAAAUUCUACAAGGCCAGGCAAGAGAGAAAUUAUCACACUUUGACGAGUUCGACUGUCGCCCGCUAUUGAUUGCAGCUCUAGCUGGUCCCUCAUCAUUGAUUGUAGUUAACUGCUCCCUUGUCAUCUGAUGCAUUAGUACUAAAUAGGUUUCAUUUAGUUUCCCCACCUCCAAACAGAUUAAUUUUAGAGCUAAGGGUUUUUUCUUCAUGUUCUUUCCUCCUCUCCGUUCACGAAUAGGUCGGUAGUGAACUCAUGAUGUGAAUGCAAGAGAUUUGUCCUGGGAUAAAAAGUGCAACCACUAAAUGAUGCCUAGUUCUUGUUCAAAUGAAAGUUUCUUUAUGUUUAGGUUGCUAGAGUGAAUAUCAAAGAUUAUAUUUUGGUGAAAAAUAAAACCUGGUUGUAAUCCAAGCGGAAACUUAUAAUUCUAUUUAUUUUUAUUUUUUUAACAAACAUUCCCUUUUCUGGCUACUAGGAACUGUUCUCUCUACCGUUGGAGGUGAGCUUAGUUUGCUAUCAUUGAGACUGGAACCCAGUAACAGACCCUUUAUCUUCUAAUUCUGAAUAAAAGUUUUGACUCGUA